AUGGGGUACAGCGAUCGUUACCUUCGGAGUAAGAUGAGGCUAUUCAAAUCGUCCAAGAAAGAUAGUGAGUUGGCUGUCGGCCCAGAGCUCGCAGCCGUGCUGCCAGAUAACCCGAAGCCAUGGUACCGAACACGCCACCUCAUACUACUCAACCUCAUGUUGCUAGUGCCUAUGCUUUCUCCUGGAGUCUAUGGCUAUGAUGGCUCGAUGGUCAAUGGUUUGCAGACUCUCCCGCAGUGGUGGAACUAUUUCGGCCAGCCAAAGUCCAGCGUGCUUGGGGCCCUGAACGCGAUGUACCCUCUAGGGAAGCUGAUAGGUGUGCUACCCGCGACGUUCAUCGGAGAUCGCUGGGGCCGCAAAGUCCCUCUCACUUUCGGCCUUGUGGUAGCGGUGAUUGGGGCGGCAUUGCAGGGAGCGGCGCAGAAUCUGCCCAUGUUCAUCGUGGCGCGGUGGAUUGUGGGUUUUGCUUGCGCGUUCAUCAGCCAGCCUGCUCCAAUCUUAGUUACUGAGUUGGCGUAUCCGACACAACGUGGGAAGGUGACUGGAUUGUAUUAUACGUUCUACUGGAUCGGUGCUAUCAUGGCCGCGUGGAUUACCUACGGAACUUUCAGGAUGCCGAGUUCGUGGUCUUGGAGGAUCCCCUCUAUUCUUCAAGGGCUGAUUCCGUUCAUUCAACUGCUGUUCGUGUGGUUCGUCCCUGAGUCUCCAAGAUGGUAUAUCGCCCACGACGAUAUUCCCGCCGCUCGCCGCAUUCUUACCAAAUGGCACGCAGGCGGCGACGAGACGUCUCGUCUGGUAGACUUCGAAAUGGCCGAGAUGAUCUCCCACAUCGAAGCCGAACGCCUGAUUUCUUCGCAGUCUUCCUACGUGGACCUGAUCUGCACAGCACCAAAUCGCAAGCGCACAUUCAUCUCCUUCGUCAUCGGCUUCUGGGGAACCUGGGGCGGCAUCGCGGUGAUCUCGUACUAUCUCACACUCGUUUUGAAAUCGAUCGGCAUCACCAAGACCAGCGACCAGGCCCUCAUAAACGGCAUGCUACAGCUCUUCAACUAUCUCUGCAGUGUGGGCGCCGGGAUACUGAUCGACCGGAUAGGCCGCCGUACUCUCUGGCUUACGUGCGCUGUGGGUAUGCUGCUGUCGUAUAUCGGAUGGACGGUCCUGGCCUCUGUGUUUGCGAGGACGGGCGACCAUGCGGUGGGGAACUCGGUCAUCGCGUUUGUGUUCAUCUACUCCUUUUUCUACGACAUCGGCUUUACGCCACUGCUCCAGACAUAUCCGAUUGAGAUUUUCCCAUACACGCUACGCGGGCGAGGAUUCACGGUUAGCUUGGUGAGUACGUACGUCGGGUUGAUUAUUGGCCAAUUUGUAAAUCCGAUUGCACUGGGCGAUAUUGGCUGGAAGUACUAUAUCGUCUUUUGUAUCCUUAUUUUCAUGUUGCUGGUAUUCGUGUACUUCCUUUUCCCUGAAACGUCGGGUAAAAGCCUUGAGGAGAUCGCAAUAUGUUUCGGAGAUGAGAAGACUGUGGCUGUGGAUGGGAAGUUUGAGGUAGAGAUGGGAGACGAGGAGACUAAGGAGGCGGAAACGAGGAUAGAGGAUGUGAAGGCAUGAGACGCUGCAUAGAGUACGUGAUUUGUCUACUAGAACCCACCAGCUUCAGGAUGCGGGCUCUCUUACAUUUUAGCAAUCUUCAGUUGAGAAAAAAGAUAGAUUACUUC